AUGGAACUACUUAGUCCUGCAGACUCAGACUCGCUACACCUCUCAAUUCCGGAUAGCCAUGAUGUCUUCAACGAUGCUGUAUCUCCGAUGCAAGGCGUGGCAGUUGGAGGGGAUGCUUGCCAAUUGAAGAUAAUGGACUCGAAGGAUUUGUCUCUAUUCAACCACGAGUUAGUACUGGUCAAAGACAAGAUACUUCUUAGACAUGGAGAAAAACGAGAUGGACCUAGCAUAAGGGUAUCUUAUGAUACAAAUUGCCGGUUCAAAAACCGCUAUCGUUCAUCCGGACCUGAGGGCCUAGUUGCGACACAAGCUGCCGUAUCUGAAUGUUUCGGUUCUGGUGUUGAGGCUGACGAUGGCGUCGAUGAUCUUUUCAGUCAUACACUACUUGGAGAGGUCCCAGGCUAUCAUGAAGAAUUGCCAUGGUUGCAUCCUAACUCUCCAAUUUGGGUAGGUCGAGAAGAUGCCCAUGUUGCUGUGGUCAUUGAACAACCACUGCAGGCUCGGCGGCCUUACUUUCGUCAGCCUUGCGCCUUCAGGAGUCGUGAAUUCACUGGAUCGGAUUACGGCAAAAAUAGCCUCGCCAAUUUUGGUGUUGGUGUUUGGAGUGAAAGGCGAAGCAAGAGUCACGGUAAGGAAAUUUCAUUUUUGGGGUUCUCAUUUCAUAGUUAUAUUAUAUGGAAAAUACUUCCACGGCUCUUUCUCUCAUUGA